AUGAUGGACGUAAGGAGUGAUCCUAUGUCUGAUAUGGAAUCUACUAUCCUCUCUCAUGGUGGACAAGUAUUGCGAGUAACAGAUUCCGGAUAUCAUCGAGCAGCUACUCUUUGGAACACGGCGAUUCAAAUUUGGCCUAGCCUCAUAAUACGACCUGCAACAUAUGAUGAUGUCGCAUUAGCACUUUCCACACUCUAUUCACUCGAUAUACCAAUCCGUAUCAUGGGUGGUCGACAUAGUUAUGGAGGUUAUUGUAGCCAUGCAGGUGUAGUGUUGGAUUCAGCAUUACUAAAAAAUAAAACAAUCAACUGGCAAAACGAGACAAUCACGAUGCAAGCAGGUGCAAUAUGGGAUGAAGUCUAUACAGCUUUGAGCGGCUCAGAGUAUGCGAUCAUCGGUGGAUUGUGUCCAACCGUUGGUGUGGUCGGUUAUACGGUUGGAGGUGGUUAUAAUUCUUUAUUUUCUCGUUCGUAUGGAUUAGCAUCAGACAAUGUUCUAAGCUUUAAAGUAGUCACUUACAAUGGUACUAUUGUUACAGCAUCAUCGACCAGCAAUCCAGAUCUAUUUUGGGCACUUCGUGGUGGGGGUGGUGGGAAUUUUGGCUAUGUAUUGGAAAUGACACAUAAGAUUCAUCGGAUCAACCAAACAAAUUUACCGACCGGUCAACUUUCGUUUUUGAAUAUUACUUGGACUAAUCCGAAAGAUUUUCCAGCUGUUCUUCGUAACUGGCUGGUAUUUCUGGAUGAAGUUGCUAAUCUCGAUACUCGUAUUUCAUUUGAUGUUCUCAUCUUCACCGAAUCAUCAAGCAGUUUUCUCAUGAUGUACGGUUCGUUCAACGGUCCACAGGCAGAUCUUACUUCAUCAUUUCAACCUUGGCUAUCCAAAGAUCCAAAACCAGACUUUUAUACAGUGCGCAAUUAUACACAACUCGAGAUGAUUAUCGCUACUGGUGCGGCAAAUUAUCCAUUUCCAGCCAAGGAACGACAACAUAUCGUCUCAGCUAUGGCGAUUAAUAUUACGGAGGCCAUGAUCAAUGUUCUUGUAGAACCUCAACCGAACGCUACAUUUAGAAUUUUACAAUUUGUGGAUAUCAUCUAUUUGCAUAAUGUUAACAAAGAUAAAAAUACAGCUUGGGCGUUUCCUGAUAUUUCUUUCGAUAUUGCUCCCGGCUUUGUCUGGUAUACAUCUGAAGAUGAUUCUACCGCCAUCAGCAUAGCUGAAAACUGGUUGCAGAGAUUGAUGAAUGCUGCAGCACCUACGACAAGCAUUGUUGGAGCUUAUCUUAACUAUAUCGAUCCCUAUUUGAAUAACUGGCAAAAAUUGUACUAUCGCGAUCAUUGGGAACGAUUAAGAGACAUCAAAAGUCGAUGGGAUCCAACAUGGUACUUUCGUUUUCCGCAAGGAAUUCCACCGAGCAAUACCCAAUCAGAUCUAUCUUCAUCAGGAAAUAUGAACGUGAUGAUUGGUAUCUAUUAUAUGCUUGUCAUUGUUGGUCAAUUAUUCUGUUUCCUUCCACUAUUUAGUACUGUAAUCUUUUAA